GUUUCCCGGCAGGCCGCGCGCCAACGCCGCUGGCGGCGGGACUGGGACUGCCGCGCUGGCCACGGGAGAGUGACCCCGUCAGCGUUGGUUCCAGUCGUGGCGAUGGCUUCGUUCGUGACGGAGGUUCUGGCACACUCGGGGAGGCUGGAGAAGGAGGAUCUGGGCACUCGGAUCAGCCGCCUGACCCGGCGGGUGGAGGAGAUUAAGGGUGAGGUGUGCACCAUGAUCAGCAAGAAGUAUAGUGAAUUCCUGCCUAGCAUGCAAAGUGCACAGGACCUGGUUACCCAAGUGGAUAAGCUGUCUGAGGACAUUGACUUGCUGAAAUCUAGGAUAGAGAGUGAGGUCCGCCGGGAUCUUCAUGUGUCAACUGCUGAAUUUACAGAUUUGAAGCAACAGUUGGAAAGAGACUCGGUAGUUCUGAAUUUGCUUAAACAGCUGCAAGAGUUUUCUUCUGCUAUUGAAGAAUAUAACUGUGCAUUAACAGAGAAGAAGUAUGUUACUGCUGCUCGGUGUCUGGAAGAGGCACAGAAAUGCUUGAAGUUACUAAAAUCCAGAAAAUGCUUUGAUUUAAAAAUGUUGAAAUCUCUCAGCAUGGAGCUCACAAUACAGAAACAGAACAUACUCUAUCACCUUGGAGAAGAGUGGCAGAAGCUGAUUGUAUGGAAGUUCCCGCCAUCAAAAGAUACCAGCAACUUGGAAUCUUGCCUACAAACAGAACUUCAUUUAUGCAUUGAACAAUCUCAGAAAGAAGAGAAGACCCCUGGGCCACCAAUCAGUUCGGUGCUCUUGGCAUUUUCUAUUCUUGGGGAGCUACAAAUGAAGCUUAAAUCAUUUGGUCAGAUGCUGCUGAAGUAUAUCCUUAGGCCUCUGGCAUCUUGCCCAUCUCUUUAUGCUGUGGUAGAAAGCCAGCCUAACAUCAUUAGUAUUCGUUUUGAAUCUGUAAUGACUGAUUUGGAACAUCCAUCACCUUCUGAAGUUUUUGCAAAGAUCAGACUAGUACUGGAAGUGCUCCAGAAACACCUUCUAGCAGCAAGUUACAGCAGUACGAGGAGAUCAUACAGUCCACUGAAGAAUUUGAAAAUGCCCUAAAGGAGAUGAGGUUUUUGAAAGGAGAUACUACUGAUUUGCUGAAAUAUGCCCGUAACAUCAAUUCUCAUUUUGCUAACAAGAAAUGUCAGGAUGUGAUCGUGGCAGCUAGAAAUCUAAUGACCUCUGAAA